AUGGCCAUCCAGAGCUUCGCCAAGAAUGUUAAUGACGUCCUGGUUUAUGCCGCGCUUGGGGCCUACAACUUAACCGAAAGGAAGCAAUUUUAUAUUCCAGUGAGUCGUACCAUCAUACAUGAUAGAUAUAUUUACCCCGUUUACUAUUAUAACAUUGCGCUUCUGGAGCUUUCGACAGAUUCCAACCAAUUGCCAUUUAUUCUGCAAGAAUCCGAAGUGCAGUUGAUAAGUUUAGAGCGUUGCAGAGACUUGUAUAGAGAAGCAUACACUAACAUUCUCAUUGCGGAUACUAUGACGUGUGCAAUGGACAUCCAUGAAAAUACAGGAAUCUCCACUGGUGAUCUUGGAGGACCCCUGGUUUGUCAAAAGGGGGGGCAGUGGUUCCUGGUUGGAGUGGUGAGCUUGGAAGUAAUUUUGGAACUUACCCUUCCUGUAUCUUACACCUCUGUGCCUGCCUAUAUGGAUUGGAUUAAUAAACACGUUUUCCCACCCAAUGGUGGCUCAGGAUUGAUUGGAUCAAUGCCUGGGGUGGCACUUGAGGUCCAGAGCUUGUCUGCCUUCAUCCUCUCUCUCCGUUCUCUGUUUUGGGUGAGCCUGCAGAACCCCAUGUUUAUUUUGAUGCUUAGCACUGUUAUCUGGGUGGGGUGCUGAGCCGUGACUGCAGCGGAUCAUUGGAGGAAUGUUCUACAAGAACCUCAAAGAGGUGGAACCGCAAUUGCAUUCUCUGGAUUAUUUUCUAUUAAAACUACUUACUGAAUUAUGAAA